AAAGUUCCCGCAGCUGCCGUUGUAUAUAGAAUAUAAUAUAUUUGUCAAUAGAUUUCCAAGCUACGAGGUACGACGACAAUAAUAAUUCAUUUUGAGGGGAUUCCGAGUUAAAGGCAAGCAAGGCAUGUAGUCAGGCAGGCAUUAGUUUUCCUCUACGAUCAAUGUUUCUAGAGUCACGGUGCACAGCUGAUACACAAAUAAUGUUCUCUGAUAACGAGUCAUAAAAAAAGCGGUGACUCCAAUCAGAUUAUAUUUCUAUAUCAUUCAAUGAAUGACAGUGCAUUCAUAUUGUUAAAAAAACAUUAGGAAAAUAUUUCAAUAAUUAUUAGAGAAAUUAGAAGAGAAAUUAUUCAUUUUUAUCCGGUGUUUUUUUUUAGAAAAGUCACAAAUAGUUUUUAUUGUAGACAGAUUUUUUUUCAAAAAAAGUGCGUGAAUUUAAAAGUUAAUAUUAUUCAAUAUUGUUGAAUAAUUAUUGCAAUUAUGGAGAAUAAUACGAAAAUAAAAGACAAUAUUUUAUACGGUCCUCCGUUUGAAAAAGAAUUUCCCUAUGAAUCAAUUGGGGAAUAUUUUUUGGAAACCAUGGAAAAACACGGUCCUGCAACAGCACUGAUAAAUAUGGAGUCAGGAGAACAAUUAUCUCACAGAGAGGUUCUGGAGAAGAGUCUUAAACUAGCCACGUACUUGAAUAAAUUGGGACUAGAUAUUAACGAUCGAAUUGCAAUUUGUAGCGAGAAUAACUUAAAUUUUAGUAUCGCCGUGUUAUCAAGUAUUUUUCUUGGCACCGCAAUCUGUCCCUUAAAUCCAAUAUACACCGAACGUGAAUUAAUACACAGUUUAAAUAUUUCAAAACCAAAAUUUAUUUUCGUAUCGGGUUUUGUAUUGGCAAGAAUGCAAAAGAUCAUCAAAGACUUAUCUUGGUCACCAAAACUUAUUUUACUUUAUGAUAUUCCAAAUUGUAGUGUACCCAGUAUCGCGAAAUUAAUUUCCAAAGUAUCCGAUUAUUCAGUGAAAAAUUUUCGAUUACCAAAGAUUGAUAAAAGUGAGCAUGUCUCGAUAAUUGCUUGCUCUAGUGGAACGACUGGAUUACCAAAAGGUGUAAUGUUAACCGAUAAAAAUGUCUUAAAUCAAUUACGACAUUUUUCUGAAUCGCGUGCUUUAAAAUUGACUGAUAAUAUUAGCGUUUUAGGUUUGUUACCGUUAUUUCAUGCGUAUGGAUUAUUUGUUUCGUUCUUAAUUUUUUCAAGUGGCGCCAAACUCAUUGUUUUGUCGCGAUUUGAUGAACGUCUUUUUCUUGAAGCCAUUUCAAAAUACAAAAUAGAUUCUUUGACUCUAGUACCGCCACUAAUGGUAUUCUUGGCUAAGAGUCCAAUUGUUGAUGAAUAUGACUUGUCCUGCGUGAAUGAAAUUGCAUGUGGAGCCGCUCCAUUGUCUAAAGAAAUUGCACUAGCUGUUCAGAAGAGGCUAAAUGUUCCGUAUAUUAAAACUGGUUAUGGAUUAACAGAAGCUACUUUAAGUGUAAUUAGUUCCUUUGAUAUUCCCAAACCGCAAAGUGUUGGAAUUUUGGUUCAUGGAGUCAUUGCUAAAGUAAUUUCACUGGAUGGCAAGUCGAACGCACCUCUGGGUCCAUUAUGCGAGGGAGAAUUAUGUUUCAAAGGAGAUACAAUUAUGAAAGGAUAUUGCGAUGAUGAAGAAGCAACGCGUGCAACAAUCGAUGAAGACGGCUUUCUGCAUACCGGCGACGUUGGAUAUUACGAUGAUGAGGGAUAUUUUUACAUUGUCGAUAGAGUAAAGGAGCUCAUUAAAUAUAAAGGAUUUCAAGUUCCACCAGCAGAAUUGGAAUCUAUUUUAUUGUCACAUUCGGCAAUUAAGGAUGCUGCUGUGGUUGGAUUAGCUGAUGAACUCGCUGGAGAAUUGCCUCUUGCCUUUGUCGUCAAACAACCUGGUGUCAAUGUUUCUCCUGCAGAAAUAAUUCAAUACGUCAAUGAACGUGUGUCAGCUGAAAAAAAGUUACGAGGAGGUGUUCGAUUUGUUGAAGCCAUUCCAAAAAAUCCGUCGGGUAAAAUUCUGAGACGAGAAUUACGAAACUUAUUAAAAUCGCGAUUGUAAGUGAAACAAUUAAGUCGAUUUUUACUAGUUAUUGUAAUACAGUCAAUAUGAAUUAUUUAUAUUAGGAGGAAAAUUUUAUAAUACGUAAUAAUAUAAUUUAUUGCUUAUUUCAAAAGUCUACUCAAAUAUUUUUUGAGUCUCUUGUAAAAAGAGGGUACUGAAUUCCAUUCUUUAUCUUUUAAACAAAUGUAAAGAAAUUCUUUUUUGUGAAUUAUGUAAAAAUGAAUUUGUAAUAAUGUGUUGAUUAAAAUAAGCAACUGUUUUCCAAUGAAAAA